AGUAGUACUGUAGUGAUGUGGUUCAUGCUGCUGGGUGUGCUGCUGGUCAUGACCGAUAUGGGCCAGUCCAUCCCCAAAGAUGACGUGCUGGAGCAGAGCAAACUCCUCCUAGAGUCCCGCGAGGACGCAGACAGCGACAACAUGCUGGAGAGUCGAGGGGCCACUGAGGAGCAGAUGGAUCAUCUGCUGGAGGAUCGUCUUCUGGUGGAAAUGUUGCGCUCUUUACUUCACGGUUCUCAGAGAUACGAACGCAACCCUUCAGUGCUGCACCAGCCGCAGCGGUUUGGUCGGGGGACUCGGAGUGGCUUGUCCACAGAGGAAAGGAUACAGUCUCGGGACUGGGAGUCGGUUCCCGGACAGAUCUGGAGCAUGGCUGUGCCACAAAGAUUUGGCAAAAAAUAACACUACCAUCAUCAUAAAAACUGAGUGAGGUCUUUAGAGUCUUG